AUGAUUUUUAUAUUAUUUGAUUAUUUUGAUAUAAUCGAUAUCAAUGAUAAUCCUGAAGUCUUGGCGAUAGAUGGUAAUCAUACUCGAGCGACUUCAGAGGAUGAAGAUGAAAAUCGGGUUUUCAAUAAUGCUCUAGAGGCUCCAGAAGGUAUUAACGAGAACAACGGGCCCUUCGAUGAAUGCCCAAAUAAUUCGGUUCCAGUAUUGAAUGAUAAUCCGGAAGCGCCACUAAUCGGUGGAGUGCAAUUUCCAGUGCUCCCGGUGGCCAAUGAUGAAAACGAAGUCACUGAUGGACGUCCAACAUUUACCUUGGGUGAUGAGCGCGAGGUCCCCGUGAUCGAUGAUGGCAAUGAGUGCUCAAAUGCUACAGGGAUUCAACCAAAUGAAAACGAGCCCGACCAGUCAGGUGCCAAUGAACCGCCUGCAAUCGGCAAUGUGGAAAAUGGUUUGGUCGAUCAAGAUAUAGUGUUAGAUUUCUCUGUUCUUGAUGCAGACUUACCGUCAGAAAGACCCCCGAUAUGGGGAAGUUUAGCCCGGUUCUCGGACCUCGUAAGCGUCGAUUUGGUCAACGUUUUCAACGGCUAUUUGAAGAUCACGGGUGGCAUUACCGACAAGCGAUCCAUGAGCAUAACAAUCGAGAAAGAAAUUGAAAAGGAAAUGUCCUUAUCGGUAGUAAAGUACGAUCCGGGGCUCGUCGUUUCGUUUAUCAACCGAAAACCAUGUUCAAGGCCUUGCGAGAAAUUUGAAGAUUCCCACGGUAAUAAAUUUACCUCUACUGUUUUGGAAAUUCGUGCCCCUGCGGAUGCGGUGAGCACGUUGCUCAAUUACAAAAAGGAGAAAAACGAAUUCGGAAUGAUGUUGUUGAAGCUCAGAGUUGGUGAAGAAGUAAAACUUGGAUACAUUCGAUUUGAUUGGGACCCGAUAAACAGCAAAACCAUCGUGCCGUCCUUUUACAACUAU